AUGGCUGGGGUUCUGUCCUAUAUCGCAGGCAUGUUUUUUGUGAUUACCGUAAGCGAGGCGUGCAAAUGUGCCGUGGUCCACCCACAGACGAGCUUCUGCAUAGCAGACUUUGGUGAGUAUAAUCUGCAGUUUCAUCAUGCUGACUCGAGAGCGCGCGAUCGUAUCAGUCAGUUUUCCAUCAUGAGUUAACCUGGAAUGGAUACAUUCCAAAGUUUCUUACUAUCAUGAUCAUCUGUGAUUAAAAGAUCCGCUUUAGAAAGACUCCGUGAACAAAAUAACGAGAAAACUUUACCAAUGAGGUCGAAUAAUUUGCAAAAGGCGGCAUUGAACUGAUAUCGAGGGGCGGGUGUAAGGUCUUUAACUCAAAAACCCUGUAGUUAUUUUAGACACUAGGCAUUUCUUAAUUCCUUCUAAGCAGUCUGAUUUUGUCUGAAACUCUAUAAGUACAUUACUGAAUUCUGUAACGAAGUAUAUUUUAAAGUAACUUUUUAGCAUGUUUGGAAAUGUAAAUGAAAUACUGUGUUGUAUGAAAUUGACUGUGACUGCAUUGUGCAAUUGAGGCACCAGAUGUUUCAAGGUAGGAAUGCGAACUAUACACUCAAGCGCAUGAAAAAAGACGCAGCUAGUAUGAGCAUCAAACAAGGAAAUCUGUCUCCUGUCUUGUCGGUACAUUGUUUGGCGCGAAUGGUUUGUUUCCUUCAAUGACGAAUUACGAAAAAAACCCAUAACAACUUCGCCGAUUUGUAUGAACAAGCUGUCCUCUUCUAACAUUUCGGGCGAUGCUAACCGUUUCCCAAGGCGCGUGACAUCAUGCACUGCAUAAAUGAGGAAACUGGCACAAUUCUUCCGAACGGAUGUACUUCAUUUAUUCUAGCCUAAUAUCUUUCACUUUAAGGUCAGAGUCAGCUUUGGAGACACGUAUGGCAGCCUCGUUGGAGCCUACGCAAAAAUAUUCUAUGAUGUAAAAACUUUUCCAAGCCUUUUCAGAAUGCUCGGUGCAGUAUUUUACACUUGUCUAUUACAAUCUUUAUGAUGAGGUCAAAGAAAACUGUUGAGUGCCUGCAUUGUACCCUACAGAAUUGGCAUAGUAUUUUUCUUAAUUAUAAUUUCGUAAUUAGCUCUAAAAGGGUUAAAAUUUCCUCUGUCAACAGUCUUCAAGAGGGAAACAUUAUUUUUUCCGGUCCCCAGAUUGAUCAGUUCCGUCGCGGUUUUAUUUACUUUGUCGCUUACCCAAGAGUACUUAUCUAAUGAAAGGAAGCAACAGAAUACUAAAAUGCUACUUUCCGGGAUGAGAAACUGAGCACUACUUUAAUAUAAUAAGUUGCUUAAGUUGGGCAACCGCCAAAUGUUUCAAAAUGACUACCUUGUAGAGCAGAACAGAUAAUUAACAUCACCUUGAAUUUGAAUCCUCAGUUUUAGGGACCUUUAUUCUCAAACUCUGAAUUAGAACCACCUUUCACAGCAUAAUAAAGAGUAAGCCACAUUAGGAAAUUAAUGCUCAGUAGCUUUCAUUCAGGGAAGAAAAGAGCGAGAAAGAAACACCUUUUACAGCCAGAAACAGCACCACAGGAAAUACCUUCAAGUUAAGUGGAAUUUGUCCUAUUUUGAUGCGUUUUUGAGCACAGUUGUAUGCGAAUAGAGAGGCGAUUAAAAGCCACACAGUAUUCAGCAGAAAAAGUGUGUUCUCCAUUCCCUAGCAAUCAUACAGCUAGGGUGCAUUCUUUAGCGGAUCCACGAAAUGGUUUCAAAUUGUUUAAUGUAGCGAAAAACAGUUUAAAAAUCAACAGUUUGCCUGCUGAAAAAGUGGACUGUAAGCAAAAACCCGGCUAAUGAUCAAGAGAUGACCGGGUUAAGUUUGAUUUAUACAAGUCAGCAUGCAGGAGUCGCUUUCAAAUACCAUCAUCAUUGUAGGAAAGCUUUAUGAGCUGUAGCGGAAAUAUGCGCAAAAAUCAAGAGAAAACUACGCAACUACUGGAUAAUUAGGUAAAAAUUACACUGAUCAGUGACCAGUGGGUGAAACAAGAGCCACAAAAGGCAGGAAAGAGGUAAUCAGAACGGAGAUUAUCAAAUAUUGAUUCCGCAUAUCAGAUUUAUUUUAUUAUAAGUUUUUUUCAGUUACUAAGAGACUUUGUUGCAAAGAAAUGGUCGCAAACAGACACCGUCGCCAUUUUUGCUGGUGCUAUGCACUGUCUCGUGAUGACAAAAGUAUUACUUGCUGCGCGUUGUCGAUGAUAGGUGCCAGCAAUAACAGACGCCUUUAAUUUCUUAUGGGCAGCGAAGGUAAACAUAAGGGAAAAUGUCACAGUUUUUAGUAUAAUUCUACAACGGCGUGAAAAAGCUCUCAAGCCUGCGUGCUGACAGCUGGGAAUGUUAAAUUCUGGUGUUUGCAUGGUUCCCAGACGUUCAGCUUCCGCCCUUUUACAAGGUGCGCGGAGUGAAUUAGGAUGGCUGUAUUAUGCAUCCUUUCCAAGAAGUCUUGGGCUCUACUUUUACGGCGCGGAAAGAGGAAGUUUAUCUCUUGUUGCUAUGUUACACUGAAUCGGUAAAAACCACAAGCAAACAUUCUCGCCAGCCAAAGUGACUUGGCAAGACUUACAACAUGGCUGGCUCAGCAAAGGGAGCCAGCAAGCGAAUCUUGCGUUCUGAUUGGCUAAACGACUGGGACACUGAUCGCGACUUCCCGCUCAAAAUAUUAGUAGAAUUUUUGUGACGUAAUCUAUUUUCUGUUUUCCCUGAACAGCCAUCAAAGCAGAGGUUUUGAAAGAGAGCAUGGAUAACAGCACUCGAUUUGGCAGCAGAGUUUACAAAUUGAAAAUCCUAAAAUUUUUCAAGGGAGCUUCUGAAAUAAGCCGCACUAAAGGAACUCGAAGGGCGUCUAGGAAACGGAUGGUUCGUGCCUACACUCCUCUGGAGGGCCCGGCUUGUGGUAUACAACUCGAACGCUCAAAAACCUAUCUUUUGCUUGGUUACCUCCGGGAAAACAAGUUAACCUUAAGGCGCUGCCAGUGGCACCAGCUGUGGGAAGAGAUCACUCGUCAACAGCGCCGCGGGCUCAAGAGGCUGUACGGGCGAAACUGCGACUGUCGAAUCGAAAAAUUCUGCUUGAAACCGGAACCCGAGACAUGUGAUGAUAUGAUUGACGGGUGCAAUGUGCCGGAUUCUGAUUGGAAGGUGACCAUUUGCAAGAAAAAAUACUCCUUUUGUGUGAAAAAUAAGAGCGGCAAUUCUUGCCGCUGGGUGAAGAAAUCGCCUGCUUUCAAAAAAUGCUUGUCCAAAAACUAG